AUGCUGCACAGAGUCCGACCCGGAAAUUUAAAUCCCACUCGCUAAGGGCGGACUUAAGAGUGUAAAAAUAUAUAUAAAAACACAAACACGCGGGGUUUUGUUAUUUUGUUUUUAGAUGUAGUAACUGCUGUAUUUCAUCAGUGGAAGUCAUCUUCCAGAAGCAGUGGCUUCUUUAGGACUCAAAACCCCGUUCCUGGGCUACAGUAGAAAGGCUUGGGGCCAGAAGGCGGAGGUCACGGAAUUGGCGGGAAAAUAAGAUCGGAGCCCGGGAGCUGAGGCUACCACAACUUAAGUUUACGGACACCGGAGUAAUGUAAGGAUUCUUGUUCUCCCAAAAGCUACCAAGAGCAAAACAUAGACAGUGCCACCGUGGUUACAGAAGACAUCCUGGGAGGAAGCAUAUCUGCCUCACACUUAAGGAAGCUGGUGGCCUCCGAUGGCUCCUGUGAAGAUCAGUCAUGUGGUGUCAUUUUCCUCUCAGGAUCCCAAAUAUCCUGUGGAGAACUUGCUGAACCCGGACAGUCAUAGGGGACCUUGGCUCAGCUGCCCUCAGGACAAGACAAGGCAACUGAAAGUGGAGUUUCAGCUGGAGAGGGCAGUGCCCAUAAGCUACAUUGAUGUUGGUAACUGUGGCUGUGCUUUCCUACAGAUUGACGUGGGUCGUUCUUCCUGGCCCCUGGACAGACCUUUCGUCACCCUGCUCCCUGCCACCAUGCUAAUGUCCCUCGCUGACUCAAAGGAGGGGAAGAACCGCUCAGGGGUCCGAAUGUUUAAAGAUGAUGAUUUCCUCACUCCAGCCUCAGGAGAAUCAUGGGAUCGGCUUCGACUGACCUGCUCCCAGCCUUUCACACGCCAUCAGUCCUUUGGCCUAGCCUUCCUACGAGUGCGGUCCUCUCUGGACUCUCUGGCUGACCCUAUAACAGAUCCCUCAGCCCCUGGGAGCUCUGGGCUUAGCCAGAACUCUUCUGAUGUGCUGGAGUCUGAUCCUAGCCCCUGGCUGGCUAAUCCUUCUAUCCGGAGGACAUUCUUCCCAGAUCCUCAGACGAGCACCAAGGAAAUUUCAGAGCUCAAGGGAAUGUUGAAGCAAUUGCAGCCAGGGCCUCUGGGGCGGGCAGCCCGCAUGGUGCUUUCUGCUGCCUGUAAGGCACCUCCAACCAGUGUCGUAAGCCCAAACAACAGCCAUGGAGAACCAGGUCCCAGUCAUCCAGAGAGUGCAGAGCCCAGAGCAGAAGAACCAAACAGGAAGAAUGAUGCAAGCAGAAGGAAGAGGAGGAAAGUGCGGGAGCAAAGGAGACUGUUGUCCAACUCAAGUUCUCAGCCAAAUAGGAGGGGGACAGGAAGGACAAGGCAAAGACAGCACCAACCUCAGACCAGAAGUGAUGAUGGUGGUAUGCAGGCUACUGGACAGUGUCCCAUUUGUGCAGGUUCCUUCAGUAUUGAGACUCUUCCUCGGCAUGCUGCCACUUGUGGAGAGAGCUCCCCACCCCAGCCAGCUUCUCCUGCCUCCUUGUCUUCCUCGGAGUCUGUGCUAUGGGUGUCCUCCCCAGAGAGCUCGCCACCGCCUUCCUGGGUCCAGUGUCCUAUUUGUGAAUUACAGUUCUCGGCAACAGAAAUAGAAGAACAUGCCAGCGUGUGUGGGGAAGUUUUUCCAGCCUAAGCAGUGACAUUCUGUUGACCCUUUAUGUUGGAGCCUGGGGAAUGGAUCCCUUGUGGCUCAGAAGGGUUGAUUCCCCUCCCUUCAGCUAUUACCUCAGGACUCUGCCUGCCUGAAAACACUUUGGACCCAGCUUGCUCCUCAUUCCCGUUGUCAAGGCUUUGUCACUAUGGUACCCAAUUCUCAUAGGGAUAUUUUCCCCUUAGAAUUUCUUUGGUAGAAAUUGAUGAACUCUCCAAGGCCUUAAGACACUAUCUAGAAUGUGUUUCCUAAUGCCCAUUUUCCUGAAAGAAAAACUGAGGCUCGAUCAGAGGGAAAAUACUGGCUGGAAAUUAAAAAGUCCUAUGAUAUUCUAGGAAGAUGAUGAAUGAGUCUUGAGCCUGAAACUGAUACCGAGUUCCAUAUGACCUUGACCUUCUGUGUCCUUCAUGGGUGUCUGUCCCAGGUAUAAUCAGAUGACUGCUCUGAAACUUUACACUUUACUUAUCAUGGGUGUGAACUGGAUCUUCAGUAACAAGAAAACCCUUCAUCUUCCUGCUCAUAAGGUUCUUAAAGGAACCAGAGAGAUUGCUUUCUAAGGAAUAAAUGGUUCUAGGUGUGGCUGUAAGGAUUUGAGCAAAUGUCAUUCCAACUAUUUGAGAUAGUUGAACCACAGAGUCUCCCCUGGAGCUGUGGCAGUCCAAUUCUGCUUUGAAGAAUUAUCCACGCUUCCCUUUUCCCCAGGAGAGUUCAUCCUGUGACACUAACACACGUUCCCCUUUUCCCCAAGGUACAGGGCAGGGAGAGAGCAGCUGGUCCUGAUGAAGGGAGGGCUCAGGGUUGGGCUUUGAGUGGAAAUAAAGGAGGAUGCUAGGCACAGUCAAGGGAGAGGCAGAGCUGAGUUCAAGCCUUCAGCCUCUGCCCACAGGUGGGUGCAGCCAUGGAUCCCCUAUCGGUAAGAGACCCUUGCUUCCCUCCCCUCCUCAUGCCAGUCCCCAGGGAUGCAGGGACAGCAGGACAAGUAUGGGAUGCUGCUGGUGGUAGGAGAGCCCUUGGAUCCCUGAUCCAGGGCCUAGAAGAGAAGAGCAAAGGGCUGGGCCUUGUUAGAAGAACAGGACCAAACAGUACCAAGAAGAGAUGCUCUCCUAAGUAGAAGGCAGAGUGAGAGCGUGUGGUGGAAGGGGAACAUCUUAAGGUCCUGCUAGAGUCCUCUUCAUAGAGAAAGGGUUUGGGGAAAGCCCAGCUUGAAGACCCUCCAUGUAGGCAUGUCUGGACUUGUCCUUCAGAGAGAUGAACAGAUAGAAGAUGAAGUCAGCAAGCUGGGAACUGGAUUCUUGCCAGAUUCUGUGUGCUUGGGUAGAGGUUAGGUGCCUAGUGUGGCCCCGACCACCAACUUUAAUCACUUCUUCAGGGAACUAACACUGGGCCCUGUUGUGUAGAAUUUCUAUGAGAAUGGAAGUGAACUGAGUAAACACUACACUAGCUUUUCCUACAAGAAUCCAUGUAAUAAAAUGGUGAACAAUACA